CGGGCGGGCGGGCGGGCGCGUCCCCGGCGGCGGCGAGCGGAACGGAAGAGCGAGCGAGCUUCCCGGCGGCCCUCGGGGACGGCCGGAGGAGGUGCUGACCCAGCUGACCAGCAGUGUGGUCAGCACCCUGACCACCCCGUCACGUUAGCGCCUAGCGCCCUCCAAUCCCGGUCCAGGGAGGGGACGCCGGAGGGUUUUGUCGGAAGUUUGGUUUUGGUUUUUACUUUUUCUUUAGUUUUUUUUUUUUUUUUUUUUUUUUUUUUUUUUUUUAAGUUUCCAGAAACAAGAGUAAAGAAGGUGAACUAGUUAAUCCAGGGAAAGGAGCUAGUAAACAAAGAAUGUCAGAAGACAGAGAACAGAAGAAGGAAGGCAUUCCUAAAGAAGCUAUGAGCAAAGAAGACACGUCUUCAUUAACAGAUGUUGUAGAGCAAGUUGCAAAACAACAACAAUCACAAACAUCUGAAAUAGAAAAACAUAAGAGAGUUCUGUUCUGCUUGCAGAUUGAACUUCAUGAUCUUGAAAAACAAAUAGCAGCUAUUGCUGCAGAAGCUAAAGAAACAGAGAAGCAAAUGCACCAGCAAGAUGCUGCCAUGGAGAAUUCCAAACUUCAUUGUGGACUCUUGGAAACUCAAAUUGAGUCCUUAUAUUCGGAAAGUGUAAAGCUGAAAUUUGAUACAGAAACAGCCCAAGAACAAUUUGAGGAACAAAUGAUAAAAUAUAAUGCAUAUUAUGCAAAAAUAAAAGCCUAUAAAGAUAGUUUAGGAGAGACAGAAAGCAAAUGCUCAUUUAUGACUGAACUCUAUGAAAAACGAGAGCUCAUCAAAAACCUAAAGACAAUGAAAGAAGAUCUUAGGGAAGAUCUCCAGAAUCCACAAGGAAGAUGUGCAACACAAAUACAGGAAGACAUUUCAAAGCUAACGAAUAAAAUUAUGACAGUAAAAGAUUCAAUCAUUGAGAAAACAUAUUUUAUUGAAGAAGAGAAAAAGACACAUGAAAGAUUAAGAAAAGAAAUAGAGGUACAACAUAAGAGAAAUGAUGCAAUUCUUAAGCGUUUGCAUUGCCAGGUGAACAAGAUUCAGUUAAACAGGAGAAAAUGGCAAUGGAACAUCCAACAACUGGAAAAAACUGCAGCUGAGUUAAAAAAGCGCCUCGGAGUGGAAGAAGCCCAGGAAAUACAGAACAGACCAAUAGCAUCGUGGGAAAGAAUAUUGUGAAGACCCUUUGGGCUCCUGAGAGCCAGCACCCGGUGGCAGAGGCCUGUCUCAAUGACCGAUAUUUUCUUUUUCUUUUUCCUCCUCCUCUUCCUUCUCUUUGUUCCAGCCGAGUAUCUAAUGGUUAACGUGCCUCCUAUCUAUAGUGCAUGGUAGACAGUAGCAGUGCUUACAGGAAGCGAGCAGAAGAGUGUGUGCAUUCAGAUGUUCCUUACCCUCCUGACGCCUCCAUAUAGUAAUGUUGAAAGUAAAAAUUUAGAAGAAACAGUUGGGUUUCCAAGGACUUCAAUUGCUGAAGUAUUUAAAAAAUAGUUGUCUGUUUCAAACUUUUUAUUAGAUUUUUUUACAAUUGUCUUUGCAAUAGACCAUAAAUAUUAAUAUUCAUGAUAAUAUCAUUAUAUGUUUAAUGCAUCAACUAUUUUAUUGUUUCCUCUUUUCUCCAGGAGGUAGCAAUCAUUUUCCUUUGUUUUUAAAUAAUAUAUUUUGGAGUGUUACAAUACAUAAAAUUUGUGUUUACUCUUCAGUCUAUAAAUUCUUUAUUCCUAUAUUGUGACUAAAAUAAAAUUAUAGCAUCAUAUAAAGCAGACAUACAAUAAAACUCUUCAAAGAGAUAUUUUUCCACAUUGAAAGGCAAAUUUUUUUGUCAAUGGCAAUAAAUUGAAUGUAAAAACACCUCUGAAGAUAAAAUUGCUCUCUUUAAUGCUCUAUUGAUCACAACUACAGAGAAGCAAAAAUAAAUAUUAAUUACUAAAGACACAGUUUUAAAAUAUUCACUUGUGGGAUUAAAUAAUUUCAAAGAAGCAACAUUGAAAAGAUAUUUUGAAUUCAUUUCUCACCUUUCUAUGUGCCUAAUGUUCAGUAAAUGUGUAGCUAAUAGAAAACCUACAUUAGUAAUCUCAUUAUGCCUGGUGUUAAGAGUCUUAGCACAGUUCAGAAUGGUUUACUACAGUUAACACUUCACAUGGCUGGGCCUGUAACAUAAUCAGCUUUGCUCCAAGACUCAGAAGUGCUACUACAGAUAGAAAGGGUUAAAAUUAUAGACUGUGCUCAGCUUGAGACAAGGUUGAACUAGAUGCUGCAUGUCUAGAUGUGUGUUAGCACAAUAUGCACGUUCAAAGCUCUGGUUUCCUAUCUCCCUUUAAGUUUAUAAUUGUGAUCACUGACAGCUUGAGUUAUUGUGAAAGGACAGAUACAGGCAGAAGGUGCUGCUAAGGAACCCCGAGUCAAGACAGUCCAAGGCUGCAGAGUAUGCUUUAUUGAGGAUUAUUGGAGGUUCUUUUCCUAUUGUCCUGAUAAAAUAACCUGACAAAAGUAACUUACAGGAGAAAAGGCUAAUUUUAUUUUAUAGUUCCAGGUUAAAGUUCAUCUUGGCAAUGAAGUCAGGGUAUCAGGAGCUUAGUGCAGCUGACUGCAUUACUUCCACAAUCAGAAGAACAAUGAAUAUAUGCAUUGGAGUGUUCUGUUUACAGGACGCCCAGCCCAGGGAAUGAGCUCACCCACCGUAGGAAGGUCUUCCCACCUUUAGUCAAGAUAAUCACCCAGCCAUGCUCAGAUAUCCAUCUUUCAGAUGAUUCUAACUUGUUAAUCAGGCAGUUAACCCUAACCAUCACAAGGAAUUAGACCAGAAGCAUAGUCAAAAGUGGCUACACGCCCAGUGAAUCCCCAUGACUUAGGUCACAGGGGAGAGCAUGUAACAGAUUGGCUUGCUUCCAAGCCACAGUGCACCUGGUUUUAUCUCAAGCUGGCGUCAACAUCAGCAUAUUCUUGCUGCUGAACGUACCAUAUCUAGUCUUAUAGCUGCACAUAGCACCCUUAGGUUUUUCUUUAUUUAUAUAUGCUUGGAAACUAUGCAAAGGAGUAAGGAGUCCACCCAGGGCUUCUUGAGACAACCAUAAUGAUUAUAAUUCAAGACCUGAACUGAAGUCUAGUCAAACUAGAGUCCUCCAGUUAUACACUUGAAGCUUCUUUUUUAAAUGAAGAUACGAAGCAAAUAAAACUACUUGAGAUGAGGAGUCAUAUUUGAGAAAACAAUGAUCAGCAUAUUUUUAUAAUGAUGCAUGCACUUAGUUUCAAUUUUAUGAGAGUUAUGUGAAAGAUAUAUUGUUCUUUUUAAUCAUUAAAGUAAUUUCAGAUAAUGGAAACUUUCACAGUAAUCAAGAAGAAAUAGUUACUGGAUAUGGUAGCUCAGGCCUGUGGUCCCAGCGCUAAGAGAGACUUGAGGCAGUGGAGGUACAGGAGGAGUUUUCAGGCCAUUCUGAGCUUCAGUGUGGGACCUGAUUUCAAAUGAACAAACAAACUAACUAAAGAACUAACUCUGCUGGAUGAAUUUUUUGUUUUGUUUUAUUUUGUCAACUGGACACAAGCUAAGAUCAUCUGGGAAGAGGAAAAUUCAAUUGAGAAAAUGCCUCCCUCAGAUUGCCCUGUAGGCAAACCUGUGCAUCAUUCUCUUGAUUAAUAAUUGGUGUAGGAGAGUUGAGCCCACGGUGGGCAGUUCCGCCUCUGGGUAGCUAGUCAUGAGAGGUAUAAGAAGGCAGGCUAAGCAAGCCAUGGAGAGCAAGCCAGUAAGCAGUGUUCCUCCAUGGCUUUUGCUUCACUUCCUGUCUCCAGGUCUCCACCUUGAGUUUCUGCCCUAGCUUCCCUGCAUGAUGUAAGAUGAAAUCAACCCUUUUUCCCAAGUUGCGUUUGGUUAUGCUGUUUAUUACAGGAAUAGGAAGUGAGCUAGAACACCAACCAAACUCAAAUAUCCCUAAAAUUUGAAAUAUAAGAAAACUGAUAUUUCAACACAUUAAUAAAGUGUAAAGUUA